CGUGAGCUAGCAGUCCGGACUCAGAACUAGACGACGAGUUUUGACGGCGGAUGCGUGUGAGCUUUGAGUUUGUGUGAACAAUCGUUGUGCCUGUUUAGGUCGAUUAGCCUGGCGACUGGCGUUUAUGUGCAACACUGAGGAGCAUUUAAACGUCUUUUAGGCCAAAUUGCGGAGUUUCUCUCUGAUCUGAAGAGCGACAACAGCGGACCCACAAAGCAGCGAACAUGGUGGCGAUGACCAAGACACUGAAGGUCUUCGAGAUCGUCUUGAACGACCCGAGCAAGACCUUCUACACCAGUGGAGAUAAAGUGGCCGGGAAGGUGCUGGUGGAGGUGACCGAGGUGACCAGGGUGCAGGUCGUGAAGGUGCUGGGCAUCGGCUGCGCCAAGGUGGAGUACGCCAAGGGCAAGCAGAGGUGCAAGGAAGAGAUCGACUACCUGAAGUACGAGGAGGUGGUUCACCUGGACGACCAGCCUGCAGACACUGAUGGCUCAGUGAUCCUCCGGCCUGGGAACAAAUAUGAGUACACAUUUGGCUUUGAGCUUCCAGCAGGGCAACUGGUGUCCUCAUACAAGGGCAAGUUUGGAUUUGUGCAGUACUAUGUGAAGGCCAUGAUGGAGAGGCCUUCUCAGCCUGCUCUGGAGUGCAAGAGGCACUUUGAGGUGGAGGAACCAAUUGAUGUGAACACCCCAGACCUUCUGUCCCCAACAGGUGGGAUGAAGGAGAAGAAGGUCACCUGCAUGUUCAUCCCCGACGGCCAGGUGUCCCUGAACGCUAAGAUCGACAGACGUGGCUUCUGCGAGGGCGAGGACAUCUGCAUCGACGCCAAGUUUGAGAACACCUGCUCGAGGAUUGUGGUGCCCAAAGCCGCCAUAGUGGCCAAGCACACCUACCAGGCCAACGGCCGCACCAAAGUCUUCAGGCAGAAGCUUUCUUCAGUUCGGGGCAACCACAUCAUCUCUGGCAUGUGUGACGCCUGGCAGGGGAAGACCAUCCGAGUGCCCAAGAUCAAACCCUCCAUCCUGGGCUGCAACAUCAUCCGUAUGGAGUACGCACUCAUGAUCUACAUGCACAUCCCAGGCAGCGAGAAGCUGAUCCUGGAGCUUCCUCUGGUCAUCGGCACCGUGCCCUACAACGGCUUCGGCAGCCGGACCAACAGCAUGAGCAGCCAGGAGGGUUCCACCAGCACGGCCUCGGCCAGCUGGGUGUCCCUGCGCAUGCCUUCCUCCGCUCCUCCCAGCUACUGCGACGUGACUCGCGACUGCCGGCUUGACCAGCCCCUCACACCCCUGCUGGACGACUACGACGGCGGGGACAGUCCUAUCUUCAUGAACACCCCACACUUCCAGUUCCCUCCACUUCCUGCCUACUCAGAGGUGGAGGAAGAAUACAACGGAAACGCUCGCAUGCUUCCAGUAUGUUGAGCCCCUCAGCACCUCCAGGACUGAAGCCCAUCAUAAACGGGCCAGUUUUUACUCUAGGCUCUUAAAUAAUUCACCAUUCAGGAACUGAAUUUCGAGCUGUUUGAAGGCCUUUUCCAGGCUGAGGAAGAGUUCGGGGCCGAAGAAAGGUGAAGUUCGGAGAAAUAGGUUCCACUGUCUUGAGUUUCCCGUGCCUGCGCUGUUGGUGGCCGUCACUCGAGCGACGCUUUCCGAGUGCACGGCGGACAGACGCCGUUUCAGAGCCUGAAAGAGCACGGUGUGCUUUCUCACUGUGCAGAAGCUGCUCCUCUUUAAUCUGAGAUUCCUGCUGAGACGUGAAGCUGACUGUCACGUUGUCGUAGCCGUAUAGUCACUCCGAGACUUUCCCCAGAAGGGAAGAACCCCUUUUCCCUAAGUUUUCCAGCAUAUCAUUGAUUAGCUUUCAUCCUCUUUGGUUGCCUGUUCUUCGUUUAUUACUAAUCAUUCCAUUAGAUUCCUCUUUUUUUUUGAGGAUUUUGUUUGAGGAACCAUCUUUUUAAUGUAUCGUCAUCAUUUUGAGUUAGAAGCAGGUGAGCCUAGUCAGAGAUGGAAAAUGGAAAAGGUCAGUGUGAGAUACUGCAUGUUUUGCCUGAAGAUAUGAAGGGAACGUCGUGCAAGAAUUUGUUUUCUUUAUCGAUCAGUGUUUUAUAAUGCUGUUUCUUCUAUAAUGCACUUUUCUUGUGGAUGCAAUUUGCUCUGUAACUGCCUACAGGGACUGUUUUGUAUAUUAAGGUAUUUUGUGGUGUUUGUGCUUUUGUUUUGUUUUCCUCUAGUCUUCCAAUUUUUUAUAUGUGACAAACAGUGUGCUAUCUUGCAGCUGGUGUAAAGAUCAACCGUAGACCUUC